ACGGAGAAAGGAUUUAAAACAGAUGUACAGCGCAAACGCUGUGGGGACCCGGAAGCGGAAAGGGCAUCUGUGAAGUCGAUACUUCCGGGUCACUGAGCGAGUGCGGGAUUCCGGGGCCGAGAGCGGGUGGCGGAGCUGGGACCUCUCGUGAUUCUCGGAGCCCGAGGAGAAGCGGAGUCCGGGGCUAUGGCUGUGACUCUGGACAAAGAUGCUUAUUACCGGCGAGUGAAGAGGCUGUACAGCAAUUGGCGGAAAGGAGAAGAUGAAUACGCCAAUGUUGAUGCCAUUGUUGUAUCAGUGGGUGUUGAUGAAGAAAUUGUUUAUGCCAAGUCCACUGCCUUACAGACAUGGCUCUUUGGUUACGAGCUAACUGAUACUAUCAUGAUCUUCUGUGAUGACAAAAUCAUCUUUAUGGCAAGCAAGAAAAAAGUGGAGUUUUUGAAACAGAUUGCCAACACUAAGGGCAAUGAAAAUGCUAAUGGAGCCCCUGCCAUAACUCUACUCAUAAGAGAAAAGAAUGAAAGCAAUAAGAGCAACUUUGACAAAAUGAUUGAAGCCAUUAAAGAAAGUAAGAAUGGCAAGAAGAUUGGAGUGUUCAGCAAAGACAAGUUCCCUGGAGAAUUCAUGAAAAGCUGGAAUGAUUGCCUGAGCAAAGAGGGCUUUGAUAAAGUGGAUAUCAGCGCGGUUGUGGCGUACACUAUCGCUGUGAAGGAGGACGGGGAGCUCAACCUGAUGAAGAAGGCAGCCAGCAUUACCUCUGAGGUCUUCAACAAAUUCUUCAAGGAGAGAGUCAUGGAGAUAGUUGAUGCAGAUGAGAAAGUUCGGCAUAGCAAACUGGCUGAGUCUGUGGAAAAGGCCAUUGAAGAGAAAAAAUACCUAGCUGGGGCAGACCCUUCUACUGUGGAAAUGUGUUACCCUCCUAUCAUUCAGAGUGGUGGCACCUAUAAUCUCAAAUUCAGUGUGGUGAGUGACAAGAACCAUAUGCAUUUUGGGGCCAUCACUUGUGCCAUGGGUAUUCGUUUCAAAUCUUAUUGCUCCAACCUUGUUCGCACCUUGAUGGUUGACCCUUCUCAGGAAGUCCAAGAAAAUUACAACUUUUUGCUCCAGCUUCAAGAGGAACUGUUAAAGGAAUUAAGACAUGGUGUGAAAAUAUGUGAUGUAUAUAACGCUGUCAUGGAUAUGGUUAAAAAGCAAAAGCCAGAGCUUCUUAACAAAAUUACCAAAAACUUAGGAUUUGGAAUGGGAAUUGAAUUCCGUGAAGGUUCUCUAGUAAUCAAUAGUAAAAAUCAGUACAAACUAAAGAAAGGAAUGGUUUUCAGCAUCAAUUUAGGAUUCUCAGACUUGACUAACAAGGAAGGGAAAAAGCCAGAAGAGAAAACCUAUGCUCUGUUCAUUGGUGACACAGUGCUUGUUGAUGAGGAUGGCCCAGCCACAGUUCUUACUUCUGUCAAGAAAAAAGUAAAGAAUGUGGGGAUUUUUCUAAAGAAUGAAGAUGAUGAAGAGGAAGAGGAAGAGAAAGAUGAAGCAGAGGAUCUUUUGGGAAGAGGUUCUCGGGCAGCACUGCUCACAGAAAGAACCCGAAAUGAGAUGACUGCAGAAGAGAAGCGAAGAGCACAUCAGAAAGAAUUGGCAGCUCAACUCAAUGAAGAAGCAAAGAGGCGACUGACUGAACAGAAGGGAGAGCAGCAAAUUCAGAAAGCUCGCAAAUCUAAUGUGUCCUAUAAAAACCCAUCUCUGAUGCCUAAGGAACCACAUAUUCGGGAAAUGAAGAUCUAUAUUGAUAAGAAAUAUGAAACUGUAAUAAUGCCAGUGUUUGGCAUUGCAACACCUUUUCACAUUGCCACAAUCAAGAAUAUAAGUAUGUCCGUGGAAGGAGAUUAUACUUAUUUACGAAUCAACUUCUACUGCCCGGGCAGUGCUCUGGGCAGGAAUGAGGGCAACAUCUUUCCUAACCCUGAAGCCACCUUUGUCAAGGAAAUUACAUACCGUGCUUCAAAUAUGAAGGCUCCUGGGGAACAGACAGUACCAGCCUUGAACCUUCAGAAUGCUUUCCGAAUUAUAAAAGAAGUACAGAAACGUUAUAAGACACGAGAAGCAGAAGAGAAAGAAAAGGAGGGUAUUGUGAAACAAGACUCACUAGUGAUCAAUCUAAACCGGAGUAAUCCCAAACUAAAAGAUCUGUACAUCCGCCCAAACAUUGCCCAAAAGAGGAUGCAAGGCUCACUAGAGGCCCAUGUCAAUGGUUUCCGCUUCACAUCUGUUCGAGGAGACAAAGUGGAUAUUCUAUACAAUAAUAUUAAGCAUGCUUUGUUCCAGCCCUGUGAUGGAGAAAUGAUUAUUGUCCUGCACUUUCACCUCAAGAACGCAAUCAUGUUUGGAAAGAAACGGCACACAGAUGUGCAGUUUUACACAGAAGUAGGAGAGAUCACCACUGAUUUGGGGAAGCAUCAGCAUAUGCAUGACCGAGAUGAUCUCUAUGCUGAACAGAUGGAAAGAGAAAUGAGGCACAAACUGAAAACAGCCUUUAAAAAUUUCAUUGAAAAAGUAGAGGCUCUAACAAAGGAGGAACUGGAAUUUGAAGUGCCAUUUAGGGACUUGGGAUUUAAUGGAGCUCCCUAUAGAAGUACCUGUCUUCUUCAGCCCACUAGUAGUGCACUGGUAAAUGCUACAGAAUGGCCACCUUUUGUAGUGACCUUGGAUGAAGUAGAAUUGAUCCAUUUUGAGAGGGUCCAGUUUCACCUAAAGAACUUUGAUAUGGUCAUUGUCUACAAAGACUACAGCAAGAAAGUAACAAUGAUUAAUGCCAUUCCUGUAGCCUCUCUUGACCCUAUCAAGGAAUGGUUGAAUUCCUGUGACCUAAAGUACACAGAAGGAGUGCAGUCCCUCAACUGGACUAAAAUCAUGAAGACAAUUGUUGAUGACCCUGAGGGUUUCUUCGAGCAAGGUGGCUGGUCUUUCUUGGAGCCUGAGGGUGAGGGGAGUGAUGGUGAAGAUAUGGAUUCAGAGUCUGAGAUGGAAGAUGAGACUUUCAAUCCUUCAGAAGAUGAUUAUGAAGAGGAGGAAGAGGACAGUGAUGAAGACUAUUCUUCAGAAGCAGAAGAGUCAGACUAUUCCAAGGAGUCAUUGGGUAGUGAAGAAGAGAGUGGAAAGGAUUGGGAUGAACUGGAAGAAGAAGCCCGAAAAGCGGACCGAGAAAGCCGUUAUGAGGAGGAAGAAGAACAGAGUCGAAGUAUGAGCCGGAAGAGGAAGGCGUCCGUACACAGUUCAGGCCGUGGAGGCUCUAACCGUGGUUCCAGACACAGUUCUGCACCCCCCAAGAAAAAGAGGAAGUAAUAUCUGAACUUUGGCCCAUAUCUCCAUUCUUUCUCCAGGCAACUCCUGAAAAUUUUUCAUGACAUAGAAACUGUAUUUUUCCUUGUUUCUUCUGAAGUUUUGCCAUUUGUGUUUAUGGGUUUAGGGGGCCGUUUGUGUGGACCAAUCUACUCGGGGAAUUCCAGGCCCACCAGGACAUGUGCCAGUGGCCCCACUCAGAUGGCAAGGGAGGAGGUGUUCUUGAAGAAGGACAGAGGCUCCCACUGUUAAUAAAUACCAUUCAUUCCUCUC